AUAUCAACACAUUGUUAUGGCUCUUGAAGCGAUAGACGAUUAUUACGAUCUAAAUGACAUAUUAUCAACAAAUGAAAAAUUACCAUGUAAAAUAGAGAUGCCUAUAUAUCGAUUAGGUUAUCUAGAUUCCAGUUCUACAAGUGAACAUUUAAACCCAGGGACUAAGAUUGAAUUACCUUACUGGAUGGCUCGCUCAUUGUGUAGUCGCAAACGUCACAUGGUCAGUGUUGAACUUCCAAAGAAUUACAGGGAAUCAUACCGUGAGAUUCUAACAGCAGAUGCCUCCGUAGUUGACCUACAUAAGCUAGGACCAUUUUACUACAGUUUUGGGACCCACUUGCUGAAGUUUGAGUUGCCAGAUUCACCAGAUGUUGCUAAGAUUCUUGUCAAGGCAUUUCAGGCAAGGUUUAGAAAGGUGAUGGACUCCUCACAAAAUGCUUACAAUGAGGACACUACAAAACUUACAGAAAAACUGGACGAAUCAGAAAGACUUUUAUUUAAAGCUGGUCAGUUAGGACUUAAUGAUUUUAUGAGAUGGGAGACGAGACAGACGGAAAAACUGACCACGUCAGAAAUGGUGAAAAAUCAUCGGAAAAGAAAGCGUGCUGUGAUGGAAGAUGUGAUGUAAAGAAAAAAUGUGUUUAUGCAGCGGUCUAUUGUUUCACUGCUAUAAUAUACAGACAAAAAAUCUUAAUGAAAAUCCAUCGUGGUUAAAUUUUUGGCAGACUAACUACAUUAAAUUUUGAUGAUUUGCUGUCAGAAGUCACAAAGCAAGUUUAUUGUAGAAAGUUGAAAUAUGGUGUGCAGUGUUUAGAGCCUCUGCAAAUUUCAGUGAAGGAGUCUCAUUCAAAUGGUGCAUUGCUCUUCAUUUUCAAGCUAUAACUUCACUUAAAGAAAUUACAUAUACUUACUCUGUAAAAUAAUUGAAAGUUAGGCAACAUUUUUGUGGUACAUCCUUUAUUAUUGAUUAUUUAGUUGUUGUGUAUUUAUUGUGAUUUUACUAUGAAAUAUUUUCAUUUUUCCAAUCAAAUAUUAUGCUAUCAGUUCAAGUGUAUAAGAUUUUUAUGCAUAUUUUGAUUCUGUCUAUAGAUAUUGCAAUUAUUUCUUAAAUGUGUUAAUAUUAAAUAUUGUAUAAUAAAAACAUAUACGUUUUGUAUAUCUAAGACACUUUUUGUGUUUAUGUUAUCUAACUUUAUAGUUAUUGUGAAACAGUAUGUUCAUUAAAAUUGUGGAUUAGAUAUAACUGACCAAUAUUUAUUUAUUUCGAAUGAUUUAAAGAAGUGCUAUUUUAGAAUGUAUUCUCAUUAUCUUUACUUCCAAACUUCAUCCAGUGGGCAAUUGUGGAAGGCAUGGUAAUAGAUGGUAACCAGAACUUGGUUUAUGUGGGAUUUUUCUGUCUAAUUCAGGGGUACAAACAAACUUUUACCAUUAAAGCUUCAUGUUGCACUGCCGUUUAUGGAACCUAGAUGGUUUUACUCAGGUGCCCAUUUGUGCCUGAAAUAAUGCAUGGAAGGGCGCCUGAGGUUUUCCUCCGCCAGUAAAGCCUGAACAUCGCCAUGUGACCUAUACAGUAUGUCUGUGUGACAUAAACCCAAUCGAACAUCAAAACACUGCAGUUUAUAACAGUUCUCAACAGAUUAUGUUUGUUAUUUAUACAUUUACAGUUUUAACUGAAAAUUUGUUUGUGCCUAAGAAUUAGAUGGGGCAAACCCACAAAUUGCCUACAUU